UGAACGGGUGUAUAGUAGGACCCAGGGGAGUACAGCUACUCCUGAGGACAGAGGAGCAUGUGUAUGUUUAUCAGAAGAGGGGGGACGGACCAUGGAAUACAAUGUGUAACAGUCACAGCCCUACACACACACAGAGAGGGAGAGGGAGCAUUAUACAGUAUUAAGACAUCAACUUAAGUGGUGCAUGUAUUGAUGAACAACGGUGGAGGCAGGCAAAAAAGGUGGUGGCUUCCUCUUCUCUCACCUGGGCCCCAAGGAAGACUAUACUGUAACUGUUCCACAUCUCAGUUGUUGGAUCUGAUGACAAAAAAUCUUCCCAAAAGACACAAGCUGGAUAACACAUCUGGAAGGAGAGAAGUGAGAGAGUGUGAGCAUCAUGUCUUUUGGGUAAUGUUGACUUAUUCAAAGCAGCAAGCAGUCUGUGAUCUAGACUACCUUGGGUAAGAAGUGGAUUCUGCUGUUCUCUCUGGGUGAAUAAAAACAACUAUGGUUCCUGCAGAAAUACAGCUAAAAAUCAGAGGAAAUCCAAUACUUGCGAUGGUGGAUGGUGGACCUUGAUGUGGCAUACAAACUGUGAAUUAUGGAGAAAUCUGGGCCAGGAUUCCUGGCCAAUCACACAACUCCAAAUGAUACAUCGAGCCAAUGGAGACCCACAAAGCCUACCCUACCAAGCAUGGAGGAGGUCAUCCACUCAGAGUCCCAAAUUAAACAUCUAGUGGGGUUAUUUGGCAUGGUGACCCUUAACCUUGCAGCCCUGCUUGGCAACACUGGAGUUAUUUUGGCCAUUGCCCGAGCUCCACACACGAAGAAAUAUGCAUUUGUGUGCCAUCUUUGUGCAGUGGAUUUGCUCUGUGCCAUAUUACUGAUGCCUCUUGGAAUAGUAUCGAGCUCUCCGUUCUUCAGUACUGUGACAUUUACAGUCCUGGAGUGCCAAGUCUACAUCUUUCUCAAUGUGUUUCUGGUCUGUGCCUCUAUUCUGACUGUAACUGCCAUUAGUGUGGAACGUUACUAUUACAUCGUUCAUCCUAUGCGUUAUGAGGUAAAGAUGACGAUACACCUGGCUGUUGGAGUCAUGGUAUUAAUUUGGGUGAAAUCUUUGCUUUUAGCGCUUGUUACCUUACUCGGUUGGCCAGCAUAUGGGAAUCAAAGCUCCAUUGCAGCUACUCAUUGCUCUCUGCACUGGAGUCAUAGUCGUCUCAGGAAAGUGUUUGCCAUUCUCUUCAGUAUGAUUUGUUUUCUAGUUCCUGCAGUCGUGAUUUUUGCUGUAUACUGUAGUGUCUACAAGGUAGCACGCUCAGCCGCAAGACAGCAAGUUCCCAUGGCCCCCUGGCCCUCUAAUCCUGCUAAGUGUCGCUCAGAUUCCAUUAACAGUCAGACUACCAUCAUUACAACUACACGGAGUCUGCCUCAGAGACUGUCCCCUGAGAGGGUAUUUGGAGGAGGAAAGGCUGCCCUCACACUUGUAGUCAUUGUGGGGCAGUUCCUGCUUUGCUGGCUUCCAUACUUCUGCUUCCACCUUCACAUGUCCAUCACAGCACCACUCCAGAGUCCAGGAGACGUAGAGGAGAUUGUCACCUGGUUGGCAUACUCCUCAUUCGCAGUGAACCCAUUUUUCUAUGGACUGCUCAAUAGGCAGAUUCGAGAGGAACUCAUAAAGCUGAGGAAGUGCUGUAGAUCCAACAGACCUGUGGAAUUUGGAGGCUCUAGUCAUGAAGGCUCCAUCCAGGAGAACUUCCUGCAGUUCCUGCAGAGGACCAGCAUCAAGACUGAGACCACCAGGUCCACCUGUGCCAACUCCAGUCCCAGAAAUACCCUGGACCAUGGUGUCAGGAUACCUGGACAGAUCCCAGAGGAGUGACUAAGACUCUGAACAUGUGCAUUUUCUCAUGUCAUAUCAUGGUAUAAAAAACAUGGUCUCUGUUCUAGAAGUGUUACAUUUAAACUAAGCCAUAUUAAUGCUGAUGGAUGUAAAUAUGAGCCCAAAGAAGGUACCAUUUUGUUGUACUUUGGAUCUGAUAAUAGGUUAAAUAUUUAAAAUGUAUUAGAUUUAAUUUAUUCUUUUUUUUUAUUAGAAUUUUGGGCACAUUAUGAUCAUCACAUGCACUUUGAAACUGAAGUCAAUAACAAAUAAUUCAGUAUUCAAUUUAACUGUUUUUUUUUUAGGUAAUAACAUAGCUUACAAAACAUUUUUUCUAAAAGAAAUGAACAAUAUAAAUAUAAAUGAGAAAUCAGGGUUUCAUAUGAUUUUCUUAAUUGUGUGACAUUAACACAUCAGUCUUCCAGUAAAGCUGAGGAGGCUUCUGUAUAGCUUGCUAAUUCCAUCUACACAUCACCAUGGAAAUGUGGUGAGUCUUGCAUAGCAACAGGCUCUUUUGAGCUCAGGUCUGCUGACAAAUUGUAUAAAGUAGUGUCCUGUAUUAGCUUUUCAGCCAAGCUAAGCAGUAAUAAUGCAUUACAUGCAGCUCACCACUAACUGCACAUUCACAUUAUUGUACCUGGGUGCGGAAAAGCCGCUUUUGCUACUUCUAUCUAAAUGCAUUUAUUACACAAAACACAGAGCCAUGCUGGUUUAAAGCACUAAAAAUCAUUACCAUGGAACAAAAGUGCUCAGGCAGAGAUAACAGUGUGAGUUUUAUGGGCUUUUUGCUGUUUGUGCAGGACCAUAACAAACAGAGAGAGAAAAAAAUCAGGAGCAGGCUAGUUUGUCUCCAGCAAACAGGAACAAAAUCUAGGGGUACAUGUUGCUACAAGUGUGUAAUGUAUAAUGAUAGUAUAGUGUAUUAUAUAUGUAAGCAAAGAGUGGUUGCAUUAAAGAUACACACUCACAUAAUUCAAGACAUUUUCCAUCACCUUUUCAUUCAAAAUAUAAAAAGCUUAGGAAGCACAGUUUUUUUAAAAUGCAUCAUUAAAUUGACCAUUAACCCGUUUUGCACCAUAUUUAAUUUAUGAGCAUUGUGUUAGAAAUGACUAUUUCUAAAUCUUCAUUAGACAUUCAGUAGAUAAUGACCUUGCCUGCAACUUCAAUCAAUGGGCCAACCAUCAGGGCUGACCAAGAAAGAGAAAGAGACAGGAUGAGCGAGCAAAUGAACAAGAGACAGAUGCGCAUGUGAUAUGAUUAGGGAUUUAUAAACUUGAGUGUCUCUGUCUCGAUCAAAACAAGGCCAGAACAAAACAAAAUCUGAAAGGAUUUAGAGAUGCUGAGGUAAAGAUUAAAGGGAAAUGAUUAAAGAGGGUGAAGGUGGGGAGGGGACAGCACCCAAUAACCCUUUGUUUCUCUUUGAAUAGUGGACAGAGGGAGAAUGGGUGGCAGUAAUCUGUGCUAGUGUGCUCACAGACCUCAGUCAUGUAUCUAGUGCCUAUGUAUAUAACCAUGAAAAAUAAUUCAGUUUUGGACUUUACAAACAGGGCAAGCUUUAAUAAUUAUACUUGAUAAUAAAAUGAAAUAAUAGUGCAUUUAGUGAGGGCAGGGUAAACACUACGGUGGCCUGUAAGCGACUAUUGUAUCACACAAUGGACCUGCACAGGACUGACACAGGACUGUUUAUUUUAAUAUUAGUAAGUAGUAAUUAAACAGUAGGAUGAGGAUUCAAAUCAGUGCUGUUUAAAGUGGUGCACAAGAGCAGAGAGACCAUGUAGGGGGGGGUACGAAGGAGGAGUGUGGAGGCCGGGAAGAAAUAGUGAGGUGUAUCUGGUUCAAGUACAAAACGCAAUAAGCUGUAUCUGAGUCGUAUUCAAGAACAGUAUGUGCUAUUGUGUGACUGAGACAUUAGACAGUUUACAAUGUUCCCAAAUGUUCCCUGUAUUGUGGGUGAUGAUAAUUUUGUUAAACUGUAAAUGUAAAACAUGAAAAUGAUCUACAAUAAGAAACAUUUGAAUCAGAUAGGAGACACACUAUUUAUACAAACUACUGUACUCAUUUUGACCAAUAUGAUUUAUCUAUUGAAAUUUAGCACUCUGUAGAUAAAGAUAUGAUCAUUUCUCCUCCCAUCUUUAACCAUACAACAAUUUCUAUGCUAC